UUGCAGUACAUCAUGCAGAUCUUUGUGAAAACCCUUACAGGAAAGACCAUUACCCUAGAAGUAGAACCUUCAGACACCAUUGAAAAUGUCAAGGCAAAAAUUCAGGAUAAGGAAGGCAUCCCCCCAGACCAGCAGAGAUUGAUCUUUGCUGGUAAGCAGUUGGAGGAUUGUCGAACUCUUUCUGACUACAACAUCCAGAAAGAAUCUACACUACAUUUGGUUCUCAGGCUUCGUGGUGGUCAAUAAAGUAUUCCGGAUGAAAUGUUCAAAUUUCCUUUAAUU